CAGUUUUCAUUUUUGUUUUAUUUUUCACUAGAAGGCCGGAUGGAGCAUUAGAUUAUCUAACUAAUGUAGAGGACAAGUAACUAAAAGUCUGUAUUUGUAACAGAGAAUUGAAGUUUAGCUUUCCAAUCCAAAGAUGGCUUCUCGGAGACGCAUGCUUCUCAAAGUCAUUAUCCUUGGCGACAGCGGGGUUGGGAAGACAUCUCUCAUGAAUCAGUAUGUGAACCGGAAAUUCAGCAAUCAGUACAAAGCAACUAUUGGGGCUGAUUUCUUGACUAAAGAAGUUCAGUUUGAGGACCGUCUUUUUACACUGCAGAUAUGGGACACAGCAGGGCAGGAAAGAUUUCAAAGUCUAGGAGUGGCAUUUUACCGUGGUGCAGACUGUUGUGUUCUUGUCUAUGAUGUGAACGUAGGGAAGUCAUUUGAUAACCUCAAUAAUUGGCGAGAGGAGUUUCUGAUUCAGGCCAGCCCUUCUGAUCCUGAAAACUUCCCAUUUGUUGUUCUGGGGAAUAAGAUAGAUGUUGAUGGUGGCAAUAGUCGUGUUGUAUCUGAGAAGAAGGCAAAGGCAUGGUGUGCCUCCAAAGGAAAUAUUCCUUAUUUUGAAACAUCUGCAAAAGAGGGAUUUAAUGUGGAAGCUGCUUUCCAGUGUAUUGCCAAGAAUGCUCUGAAAAAUGAACCUGAAGAAGAAAUUUACCUUCCUGAAACCAUUGAUGUGGGGGGUGGACGGCAACAAAGAUCUUCAGGCUGUGAAUGUUAGACACACCUCUGCAAACCCACACUGUUGCAGCAAGUCAGGGAAAGAUGUUCAGGUUCAGGUUCCAUGUAUAUUAAUAUACAACAGUGCUAGAAAGAAAGAACUCAAAAACAUUGGAUCUGUUUAUCUUGUUCUUCCUUUUAUUCUUGCUCUUAGCUUUGUUUCUUCUCUGGAAUCUGAUUGUUUGUGUUGGAAGUUUCCACGAAGUUUCUGUCUUAUUGCAGUCAUUGUGCAAAAAUCUCUUAUUUUCUGGGUUUAUUGGCUGCGGACUUGCAUGUUCAAUUGAUGAGUAAACGAUUUCAUAAA